AGUCACAGAGCGUUGAGGCGAACCUGAAAACUCAUGUGCUGCUAUAAUACUACUUAAACGGCUCAUCGUGCUUGGCAAAAGCUUCAAUCAAUCAAUGUUAAUAUGAGUCUAACUACAGCUUCGAAGCUUCAAAGCAAAGGUGCUUUACUGAGCUGGUGACGUUUCUUUGUUGGACAUAUGUACGGAGAUACAAAUAUAUGUAUAUGAGUAAAACAUGCAGAAGUAGUGAAUCUGUUGUACAAAUCCGUUACAAAGCUACAAAAUACCGGUUUUCCGAACUUCAAAAAAAUAAGCAAAAUUUCGUAUUUCAUUUUCUUGUUUUGCUAGUGUGAUUUCGUCGCUGUUAUUAAGCUUAAGCGAGUGUUUAUUAAGGCGAGUUUUUAGUAGCGUACAACAUUUGCAGACGUACACAACUUGUCAGCAAGCUUACGCGUUGUCAAAGUAGAAAUUAUCGCCGAUUGCAUAAAGAAAUAACGAAAAUCUUACAAACUUCGCGAACUUUAACUUUUGUGUAGCAGAAAAAUCAAUUUACUGUGCGCCAUAAUGAAAUUGUUUAUUAAGCUGGUCGUCGUUGCUGUCGUGCUCGCUUGCGCACGCGCCGAUGUCUCGCACAUUCUACACCAGGGCGGCUACACCACAACAACACCACAGCCAGGGCCACCCAAUCCGUAUGUCUUCAGCUAUCAGGCUGGCCGUGCGCCAGGUCAUGUGGAUCGCCAACAUACCGAGGUCUCCGACGGCACGGGUGUGGUACGUGGCGCCUUCUCCUAUGUGGAUCCGAAGAAUCAAUUGCGCACCGUGCAAUAUGUGGCCGAUGAGCAUGGUUUCCAUCCGCAAUUGAGUCACGAACAGGAGGACACCGAGGCGGUGAAACAGGCGAAGCGCAAGCAUUUUGCGCUCUACAAUCGCAUUGCGCAAGAACAUGCCGCCGAGGGGGUGAACGGCGCACCGAAUGCUGCCUAUGCCGCUGGGCCGCGCAACACCGAGGCUGUCGCCUAUGCCACACACAAGCAUCUGAGUGAAUUUGAGCGCAUUGCUGCGGAACAUGCGCGCAUGCGCGCCGAACUCGAGGCGCAGCGCUUGAACAAUCCACAGGAUGAUGGCCAAUACCAUGGCGAGGAGGAGCAAUAUCAGCACUACUAAGCUCGAGUUUUCUUUAGUUCGCUUGUACAUACUAUGUUUCACUUGAGUUCUACGUAGUUAAAUGCCUUAGUAAUUUGCUUUUGUGAUUUUCGUGUACCAAUCCCCUUAGCUGCAAUGUGCAUAUGUAGUAUAUAUUUGUAAUAUGUUUGGCUUGCCAAUAAAUGUUUGUUGCACCGCAAUCAAGUGUUUGUGCGCUCAAUAAUAUGCUUAAAAGCUUCCAAA